GUUUCCACAGAAUGGCAACAUUGCUCUGAACAGAACACCAGAGUAUGCAGAAUUGGUAAAUGAUUGAGUUUCUGUCCACUGAAUACAUCCUCAUGGCAAGCAAGAAACUGAGAAGAGCAGGUUUACCACAGAAUCUUUGUGAAAGACUAAGUCGACAUCAGAUCACUACUUGUCAGGACCUCUUACGUCUUUCAUUACUGGAACUGAUGAAAGUGACUGGACAGAACUAUUGGAAAGUUCAAAAACUUCUUAACACAGUCAGCCAAUUCUGUGCUCCCAGAAUGCAAACGGUUUAUGAAAUGAAAAUGAAAAGAACUAUGAAUCCUUCAACAGCAUUCUUGCCAACAACACUGGAAGAUCUGGAUAAAAUUUUGCAUGGUGGAAUUGCCUGUGGAUCUAUUACAGAGAUAACUGGUCCAUCAGGUUGUGGCAAAACUCAGUUUUGUAUUAUGAUGAGCUUGUUGGCCACAUUACCCACCAGCAUGGGAGGAUUCAGUGGAGCUGUUAUAUACAUCGAUACAGAAUCUGCAUUCAGUGCUGAGAGGCUUAUUGAAAUAGCACAGCAUCGUUUCCCUCAUUAUUUUGCAUCAGAAGAAAAGCUGAUAUCAAUGUCCAGUAGCAUUUAUCUUUAUCGGGAACUUACCUGUGAUGGUGUACUAAAAAGGAUUGAAUCCUUAGAAGAAGAAAUUAUUUCUAAGAAUGUUAAACUAGUAAUAUUAGACUCUAUUGCUUCUGUGGUCAGAAAGGAAUUUGAUACAAAACUUCAAGGCAAUCUGAGAGAAAGGACCAACUUAUUGACUAAAGAGGCAUCAAUAUUGAAGUACUUGGCUGAAGAAUUUUCAAUACCAGUUAUCUUGACGAAUCAGAUUACUACGUGGCUGAGCGAAGGCCUUGCUCUACAGGCAGACCUGCUGUCUCCAGCUGAUGACUUGUCCCUGUCCGAAGGACCUUCUAGAAAUGGAGCUGGAGAAUCUGGUUAUGUAACUGCAGCAUUGGGAAAUACUUGGAGUCAUAGUGUGAAUACAAGACUCAUCUUGCAGUAUCUGAAUUCACAGACAAGACAGCUUCAGAUUGCCAAAUCCCCCUCUGCACCAUUCACAUCUUUCUUAUAUGUGAUCGAAAAAUCUGGUUUGGUUCUCCAAGUUUGAAACAGCAACACCUGUGUAACCUUAGUUAAUGAGACCAGCUACAAGCACCUUCCUGCACAGUGAAUGUCCUGCCAACUUGACAAACAUUUUCCUUUUAGAAUGCAAGCCAACCUGAAAGCUAUAUUCCUGCCAACUGAAUAAAAGGAAAUUAUCACCAGCCAUCUCUAACAUUAUGAGCAUGUGUUUCUGGGUAUAUUUUCUAAAAAGACCAAGAGAGUUCAUAUGAAUAGUUAACCUAUUCGUGAGAAAAUUCCACAUUGCUCUUUCUACAUGUCUACAGUUGUGAAUGUCAUGGAUGUUCUCCUAGUAAAGAUUUGCACAACCAUAGAAUAUUUGGUGGUGAUUGGAAAUCAGUGUGGAAUGGCUGCAUGCGUGUGCUUUUGGACUAGGGGAUAAGACUAGAAGUACUAUGACCUUGUCUGCAGUAUUUUUUCCACAUGUAGUUUUGAGUUUUUAUCAACAGCAAUUUAUAACAUAUAUUCAGGGGAAAUAUCUAUUAUUUGUGUCAGUUUAAUAAUGGAAUAGCAACAUUUUCAAGGUUUAUGCUCUAAUUCAGAUUUAAAACAGUUAUCUUCAAUGUUUUCUUGGCAAGGUAUAUUCAGAGAGGUUAGUCAUUCUCUUUCUCUGAGGCUGAGAGAAUCUUACUUGCCCAAGGUCACCCAGAAUCCUUGUCCAGUAAUCAAACCCCACAGCACAGAACAUUGAGCUGUGCUGAGAAAGACAACACUUCUUCUCUUUUGCACAUGGGCUGUACUUUUCAGGAUGGUAAGGCUACACACACACUCUCCUAGAAGCAAUCUUGGAGUCUUGAUUACUUCUGCAGCUAAGCAAAAACCAAGCUUCAGUUUGCCUUUCCAGAAGAAAGGGACACCAAAUCAUUCCAUAUUGGCCUUGUCUAUAAUGCAGAAUAGUUGAAUCUGUUCGCAAUUCUAUGGGUCCAGAAUCUAGUCACAUUUUUUUGAGCACUUCUCCCCUUCUUUUUCUCAAUCAUCUUCCCCUGCCCCCUCCCCCAAUUUUAUUUUUACACACACCUUCUCAAUCCCUCUCAACAUGUCCAGGACAAAAAGCAGGAGACAUAAUACCUAUGAAGGACUGUAUGCAAGAUAUAUUAUUUUGGUUAUAAUUUUCUCCUGUAGGGUAUUGAAAGUUGGAUUCUGUUUAACUGGCAGAUGAUACAAUAUAAUCUGCCCCCCCCCCUACACACAGAGUGAUAUCUUUAAAAACUCCAAGAUGGAGAACAUAUCCCUCAUGCACACACUCACCAUUUCCUGCGGACACAGCCAUGAAAUGGGGUGGGCAGGGCAGAAACUGCCAAGGAUUGUCAUCCAGCUAUAGUCUGGUUCUUGGUAUCAUUCUCCAGCACCUCUGGAAGAUCCAAGAGAUCCCAGAGGCUGCCUUCAUCAUCAUGCACUGGCAAUUCAAUAUUUGUCCGAAUUGAUUUAUAGGAACUGUAGUACUUCCACAGCUGAUCAAAUACAGCCUUGCAAAGACUCCUGUGUUGGGUUCUUCUGUAGAUAUGGUGUCAUUUUUAGCUGGAGAAAGGGGAGCAACGUCUGGUCUUCCAGAUGUCACUGAACUGCAACUCACAGAACCAUUCUUCCCUCAUUAUGCUUGUAGGUCUAUAAGGGUUGCUGCAUAAGAGGGCCAUAGGUUGCUCACUUCUGAGCUAGCAGCCAACAUGGUGGCCAGAAUCUGGGAUGUCAAACCAGGAUCCCAAGCGAGAUUACCCAACAUACUUUCCACAGAGGCAAAACUGUUUGGUAAGCCCUUGGAGGCAAUUGACAAAUACACUUCACACACCAAACAGCAGAAGAAAAGGCUUUUCAAAUCAGCAUAUACCAAAGCCAUGAACAUUAAGAAGAUUAAACUUUGGUAGAACUGUGUCUGCAACAUUCCAGGAAUAAAUAAUAUCUAGUCUGCCAGUUCCACCUAGAUAUCAGUUUCUAGAUUCAACAAGGGGCACAAUGCUUCUUACAUCUGCGUCGAGAACCCUUUUGUCUACCAGUUGGGGUGACACAUUUAGGAUCUUCUGAAUAAGUGCUGUGUACACUAUCACCCUACAGAAAAUGAGCUAGAAAGAUAAUGUAGGUCAUAAACUGGGAAACUAAGAGGAGUGGCUUUGCAAGUCCUCCAAGAAUACACAAUUUUCUACAUAGUAUCUGUAUUGGUAAUCACAACUCUUAUGGAACCUCCCUCUAAAUACAAAAGUGUCCAUCCUUAAAUUUUUUUUCCUGCUAGCUUUCAAACAUAUAUAGAUAUCAGAAUUUAUGACAAUAUCACCUGACCCCUAACAAAACAUUUUCUGCAUACACAAAAUGCUACUUAGGUCAGAUGUAUCCUUUCUUCAAGUCCGUAUUCUACAGAUCCAAUAAAUCAACUUCCUUUCAAGCCAUACUCUCUAAGUCAGGAAAAGAGUUAGCAUAUCUUAGAAGCUUGGAAAGGUUUUAUCUGGACACCCCACCUGGAUCCAGGUGAGUCUAUCCAUUUCCUUGAGAAAUCUAAAUAGAAAAGGCUUUAAAAAAAUGCACCAAUUCCAAAUGACCACUCAUUCUAGUGGCACUGCCCAAGCAUAUGUGAUCAUAUAGAAAUAACCACAAUUAUUUUACUUAGAGGAAGGGGCACAGUGUUUCAGGGAAUAGAUCAUACCUGCAUGAACACACAUAGAAAUCAAGAUUCCUUAUUUUCUACAAACAGGAAUGCCCUUCAAAGGAUUAGUUUCUUAACAUACUUAUUUCAGUUGGACUCUUCUAUCAAAUCCUAACAUGCUCAUGAGAUUCCUUCGGCAAAAACGGAGAUUAAUUUACAAUUUUUGAGAUGUCCAAAGGACUUUGCAUCUGCCUCAGCUUCAAGAUAAGCAUGAAAAUCAAAGUUUUUUGUCUUACAAUAUCAAGGGAGGAAAUAGUGCAUUGCAUGGGUUUACUGAAUUUUUCCUGUUUUCACAGUUCUGCAGUGUUUUGGUGUUGUUCCAAUUGUUCAAUGUUAGUUAGCAAGAAGUACCUAGCAUGCGGUGGUGAGUCAAAAAGCUUACUUUUCCAAUGAAUCUUGGACAGGCAGGGUGACACUUCUCCCAUGAGAAAGAGCAACAGGGAGAUAAAAAUAAAUUGAUAAUUGGACUCUUCCUGUUUAUGGUAGAGGGGAGGUAUCACCUGGAGGUAAGAAAUGUAUUCAGGGAUUCUAAGAUUAGAUAUUCAUGGUAAGGAAAAUUCCAUUUUCUCCAUAAUGAGACGAACAGCUUGCUCAACAUAAAAGAUUGACAUUGUUCCAUUUGACUCCCUUGAAGCCAAUAAUGUCAAAGUUUAAAGGAAGAAUUUUAGCCUUGGGUAUCUGGAAUAUGCAUUUCUCCAUUUUGUGAAUUGGCUUCAUUGUUUCUUGACAUUUUUAGUCCACAUAAAUGCAACAAUUAAAGGUGACCAAGGCUAUAUUCUUCUGUUUUAUUAUUGACUAGAUAAAAAUGAGGACAGCAGCUGAGUAAUUUCUUCUCACCAUUUCUUCUCUUGGCCUAGAAGCACAAUGGUGUGAGAGAAGUGCAUUCUCAAUGGCUUGUUGAUAGCAUCUGAGCUGCUGAAGGCUAAACUACGUUACUUGGUAAACACAAGUUUUCCCUGAAGGGACAUUUGCAAAGGAAGUAACCUGAAAGAGGAGGGUGAUUAAUUAUUCCCUUAUCUAAAAACUCUGCUCUGCAGGUCCCUUUUACCUUAAUGUAAUUCCUGAUAGGUAUUUUGUCCAGGUUCAUAGGCUAAACUUAUGACUACAUUUGCAGGGAGAAAGAGCAGGUACCCAAAGGGCCAAAACCUUGCUGCUGGAACUCCCCCAUGCUCAAAUUACUUUGUCUAAGAAAGAAUUUGGAAUACAUGGUAAUUAGUGGUGGUGUUGGUGGUGUUGUUGUUUUAAUUUGUUUAUUUGCCAGUAGAAUGUUUGGUUCCAUUUUACAAAAAGUAUAUUGAUCCUUUUCUAGUGUGUGCACAAAUUAGAGUCUUUCCAAAAUAUUUCAGGGCCUUGGUUGGGAUCUAAAUCUGUUUUAAAUGGCUAUAAUUCUAUAGAUCAGGGGUUCUCAAACCUUUCAGUCCUGGAGCUCUUUUUAAAGCAAAAGUUUAUUGUGGAGCCCCAAUAAAUGUUUAUAUAUUUUAUUAUAUAUUAUAUUAUAUACAAUCCAUAUAUAAGGCAUGUGCAAACUUUUUGACCAACAUAAACAGUAUUUCAGAUUAUGUUGGACUGGAUGGCCAGGGCCAUCCAGUUCAACCCCUUUUGCCAUGCAAGCUAAGUACAAGCAAAGCAACCCCUGAACGGUGGGAUGGAAAUAGGGAUUUGGAAGCAGGGAAGACGAGGGGGAAAGAACCUGGGUGGCGAGGAAGAUGAGGAAAAAGGCUUUUGGGGUCAAGGGAAGCGGGGAAAGGCUUUUGUGGGCGAGGAAGUGGAGAGAAGGGUAGGAGCAGGAAAGAGGAGGGAAAACUUGGAUGGGAAGAGGAGGGAAGCAUGGAGCCCCUCAAUAUGCUUCAUGAAGCCCCAAGGACUCUGCGGAGCACACUUUGACAACAGCUGCUAUAGAUAGUUGAAUUUUAAUUGCAGCCUUUAUGUUUCUGCAUAUGUCUCUUUAAUUCUAUUUGUUUUAAAUUUUGUAAACCACGUUGAGAUCCAUUAUUAAGAUACCAGGGAGAUGAUGGUGAUGGUGAUACUAAAUGAUCAUUUAGUUUCCUUCCAACUGUGAUUCUAAAUAAUGGGUGAGAAAACUCAACUGAUGUGUGGCAGGAUUUUGCAACUGAAUCAUGAGUAGAAUCGAGGAAUGAGCUAUGACAAUUAAAUUGUUCAAAAUAAAAGAUAUAUAAAUCACUGCAAUCAAGAAAUAUUUCCAAACACUUGGAAGGGGUGGGUAUAGCAUUGUAUUCGAUUUGACCUUUGAUAAUUACAGACAAAUAAUAUGAUGUGUGCCUUUCCGAGAUACAUAACUCAUACAAUUCAGCUCCUUAUAUGUCCUUUCUUCCUUUUUUUUCGCACACAAAACAUCCAGAAGCAGUGCUGGCUUGUGUGACUUAUGAUAUCUGUCAGAAAGGAAUACAGUGUUUGUCUCCAAGAUGCACUGGAUAAAACCAGUUCUUUCCUGCCUCUCAGGAAGCCUCGGUUGAAACCUCUGAACCCAAGAAUUGAGUUUGAAGCCAUGCCUUCAGACUGUCAUGCUGUUUCCCCACUCCCCACCCCAGCUAAAAAGCAGCCAGACACUUCCUUCUAUAUCCUACAUAGCACAAGCUGCCUGUUGCAGCUGGUAGUUAUCAGCCAGAAUGUGCAUGUGUACACACACACACACACACACACACACACACACACGGAUGCAUGCAAAGGUCAUUCCUGGGAAAGCCUCAAGUAUCAGUUUUGAGGGGGAAAAUGAUCUGCAAUAAUUUUGGCCCGAUUACUAUUAUUAUUACUGUCUGCCCUUUAAGAAGGAAAAAGGAAGGAAGAUUAUAGCAGCUUUGCUCUUAAAUGAAAAGAUUAACAUGCCAUGGAUGCUUUGCCAGGGCGUGAUGAGAUUUGCAGGAGAUGAGUGGCUCUGAAGCGGGACUAAUGAAAAGCAGCCCUCAAAAACCUUGUGUUGUGUGGGGCCCCCAUAUUAUCUUGUUUCUGUCAGCCCUGCAGCCUUCCAGCUAUGUUUACUCAUUUUCCACCAAAAGGAAGUAAGCAAACAAACAAACAAAUGGAAAAGCCAGGCAUUUUUGACAUGUCUUUUCCUGAGGUCCUUGGAAGUUAUCCAGUCUCUGACUUUGCAUCUUUUGUUUCCUCUGUGUGUUGAAAGAAAGAAAAAACCAAUCCUACCCACACAGGCUAGUUUUAGAUUUCAUUGCCCUUUUUUGGGGGGGGGGGAUGUGAAUUUGGGAAGGUGGGGUGCAGAUUUCUUGAAGGAUGACAGAAAGGAUGUGCAUGAUUCUCAAUGUCUGUAGUGGCUGUAAAAAUCUGAUGUGCCCAAUAUAAUUAGAGGUAGAUCUAAGGAAGUACAGUAUUGGUAAUUCCGCCGCUAUCAUUUUAUGCAUUUAAGUUGUUACUGAUACCAUGGUGAUUCUUUGUAAACCCUCUAUCUGAAUGCUUCCAAGUAAGAAUAUCAGCCAAAGGCUCAUUUCUUCUUCAUAUAUGUGUAUAUUAGAAAAAAGGGUCAUUUCCCUGGUUCUUUAGAUAAGAGUUUGUUUGGAUUAUGGAACAGUUUUUGCUCACUCUGCAAGGCAUUUGAAGAAACUCAAAGCAACUGAAUAUCAGUGGGCUGCUGUGAGUUUUUUGGGCUGUAUAUCAAUUUGCUUUUUUCCCUCUUCUGUAACUGCAUCACACCUCACUUCAGAUUAUUAGAGUAGAGGUUCAGCUCAUAGGUACACAGUUAACUAAAUCAGAACAGAUAUUAAUCAGAUAUUAUGUUUUUAUGGACAAUGAAUGCAGUGUGACAAAGACAAGAUCAGUGCUAACACAAGGCUGUUCAUUUUACUAGUUGUUUCAGCCAGAUCUUAUACAUAAACCAGAUUGAUUCUUCUUUUACAGUAACAAGAGUGAGAAGGGGGUGGGAGAGGGGUCAGAAGUCAUGCUGUCUGAUGGAUGACAGAAUCUCUUCCUGGUUUAUGGUCUCUGGUGACUUCUGGGCUCUUUGCAUUUAAUGACUGACCUAACAAGACAUUGCAACCUUCCUUCCUUGGCAGGCUAGACCAGUACCAAGUUUGACAAGAAUUAAGAAAGAAUGUAUUGUGCCUUUGAUCUGAAGAAUUAUUUUUAAUCUGUCAACUGAGAGAUAAAAUGUCAGAGAGACUUCCAUUUAUUUUUGUAGAAGCUCUGACUGAGUUUUAUUUUAUUUUUUUAAAGCUUAAACCUUUCCAUCCAGAGAUUUCACUACUUGUGUUAGCGAAAAAGGGUCAAUAGUAGAAAGUGGAUAGUUAAAACUCUUAGUCCACUUCUUGUGCCCUGUUGAAGGCCUGUGAUAAGACAGACAUGAUGCACAGAGGUUCCUGUUUGUUCUUGUACUUUGAAGUAAUGCUAUGGCUACAAGGCAAAUCGUAUGUCCAUGGCGGAAAUGAAAUGUCACCAGGAAACUAUACACUGUUGACAAUGUCAUGCUACCUUGUCAAGGCAUAAAAGGGCUGGGUCUUGUCUGUUGUUAUGUUUCUUGAACAAGAUCCAAGCCCCAGUCAUGCAAACCUUGAUCUCAACUGAAAAGGCUGUUAGCCAAUAGUCGAUCAUAGAUUCACUAUGAAAUCACAGAAUAAUAGAGUUGGAAGAGACCACAUGGGCCAACUAGUCCAACCAAUCAAAGCACCCUCGACAGAUGGCCAUCCAGCCUGUGUUUAAAAGCUUCCAAGUAAGAAGCUUCUACCAUACUCUGAGGCAGAGAGUUCCACUGCUGAACAGGUCUUGCAGUCAGGUAGUUCUUCCUAAUGUUCAAGUGGAACCUCCUGUAAUUUGAACCCAUUGUUCGGAGUCCUAGUAUCCAUGGCAGCAGAAAACAAGCUUUCUCCCUCUUCCUUAUGACAUCCUUUCAAAUAUUUAUGCAUAGCGAUCAUGUCUACUUUCAAGUUCCUCUUCUGCAGGCUAAACAUACCCAGCUCUUUAAGCCGCUCCUCAGAGGGCAUGUUUUCCAGACCUUUGAUCAUUUUAGUCACCCUCCUCUGGAUACAUUUCAUCCUGUCAAUAUCCCUCUGGAGAUUGUGCUCAGAAUUGGGCACAGUAUUCCAGGUAAGGUCUGACCAAAGCAGAAUAGGGAGGCACCAUGGCUUCACUUGAUCUAGACACUAUACUCCUUUUGAUGCAGCCCAGAAUCUUAUUGGCUAUUUUAGCUGCUUCAUCACACUGUUGGCUCAUGUUCAACUUGUUGUCCACUAAGACUUCAAAAUCAUUUUCACGAGGACUGUUGUAGAGCCAGGCGUCACCAAUUCAGGUUUUUUGCAUUUCAUUUUUUCUGCUUAAGUGUAGUAUCUUACAUUUGUCCUUGUUGACAUUCAUUUUCCUAGUUUUGCCAAACUGUUGAGGUCUUUUGAUUUCUGGUCCUGUCUUCUGGAGUAUUAGCCAUUCCUCCUAAUUUGGUGUUUGCUGCAAAUUUGAUAAGCAUACCCUCGCCAAAGAGAAUAGGCUCAUUUGGAUAAAAUAAGUAGUCCAAUAGGAUUUCCAGUUUUAAAUCUCUCCCUUUUCCCAUUCAAUAUUUGUAAAGCAGAGCCUUAAAAAUUACAUUUUAAAAGUAAAGUGUAAUUUGUUUCAUCCAUUCCUCUUAGCUGUAACUUUGUGACAAUUAUAUUUCUGGGUUUUUAACCAUUACUUUUCAAUGCUUUUUAAUUAUUAUCUAUAUAUAUAAAAGAGUGAUGGCAUCAGGGCAGCGGACAAAACAACAAAACUACAGGCCCCCCAACCUCGAAACUUGACAACAAAACCCAUCAUCCACGCCUCUAGGUUGAUACAACAAAAAGAAAAGAAAAAUAAAGUCCUAAUUAGAGGGAGAGCAAUAAUUGUUUUUAUCCAAUUGCUGCCAGUUACAAGGCUAAGUUCUGCCCACUUGGUCUCCUAGCAACCAACUCAGCCCAGGGGACAGGCACAAGAGUUUGGAGAGACCCCUAAGGGCCAUCCAGCCCAACCCUUUCUACUAUGUAGCAGGACACAAUCCAAGCAUUCACAACACAUGGACAACGUAUAAACACUAUACAAUACUACACAGGGACAUAGACCCCCUCUACCCUCACCACUUUCACAGUACACAAACAACCAAAUGCAUACUAAACAUAAAGACAGCCAUACAACAGACAUUCAAUACCACCACUACCUCAACAAUUUCUCACCAACACCACCAGACAACGCCACUGCAACGUGUGGCCGGGUACAGCUAGUUUUUAAUAUAGAAAAGGAAGAAAAUGGCCUAAUGUUUGCAAAAUGCGAUCUGAGUGCUCCAAGAAAUACUUUUAGCUGGAAACUAUAAUCAGACAACAUUAUCCAUCACCCAGGAAAAAGUAGCCAUGUUCCAGUCACUACAUUAGUUGCAAAAGGAACCUAGUUAUAUCUCCAUUGCCCAUCCACCCCAAAAGUAAGGAUAUUGUUUCUUUCAAAAUUCUGUUUCCACACUUUAUUGGGAAGGAACUCAAAGAUAAAUUAAAACACUGUCUGAACUCAGAGGCUGUAACUUCACUAAAACUAUCUGAAAUUUUGCGAUUUGAGAUUAAAAAAUAAAAAAGUAUAAUGGAGUCAUGGACCAUAAUGCUUGUGUUAUGCAGUGCUUACUUUUAAGAUAGCAAUAAUGUAACACUUAAAAUGCACAUUUUUCGUUGUCAUGAAAGGAACUAAAAUCCUUUUCUCCAUUUAACCUAUCUGCUGUCAAAAGGCUUUAAAAAUAUAUUCAGACUUAUAGUACUUCUCUGAGAGUGGCAAAGGCAGUAUAGCUGUUUUACAACCACCAGGCAUACCUUUAUGUUCCAGCAGAAAGCUUUGUAAAACCUAUUCCAUUUAUUUUCAUUCUGUUGUUGUUGUUGUUGUUGUUGUUAGAGGGGGAUGGUUCAGCCAGACAGCUUUGUUUGUAUGUAAAGCUGUUGUGAAAAAUUAUGAGGUUGGGAGGAAAUUGGGCUCCUAUUAUAAGUAACGUAUGUCCAUGUUUAUACCCAACAAGUCAUUGUGAAUGCAAUUUUUCAGGUAAAACGUAACAUUGGGCAACUGUCAAGAAAAAUCUGUCAUGCGAGGCAUCUAAAAGUAUUUAUUUAUUUAUUUAUUUAUUUAUUUAUUUAUUUAUUACAUGCAUUCAUACCCCGCCCUUCUCCCCGAGGGGACUCAGUAACAGGAUAAAACACUGGCAAGUACACAUCUAGGCUAGGCUGAGUAAUCUGGUGGAUCUUUCAUGUAUGUACUCCCCCCCCCCCAAAUUACCUUUAAACACCCCAAUAGUCCUUUCCUAACUGUAGGAUUCCCAGUCCUGUUCCUGAAACCCACGUUAAAAGACAUAUUCAAUGCGUUCUGUAAAUUAUUGUAUGAGCAUCUGUAUUGAUCCCAGGGGGUCACAGCUCAUAGCAUAGAUGAAGGUAGAAAUGAUCAACUGCAGGUUUUUCUGUUGCUGGGGCUUGCUAAAGGCUUGACCUCUCGCCUUUUUAAAAAGACUUCAACAGCUGUUUCUGCUUAGAGAUCACUGGCAUCUUUAUGAACUGUUUUUUCCAUUCAACCUCUCUCCUUUCUCAGCAGCAAUGAAUUAUGUAAGAUUACAUUCCUGCCCUUUCCUUAUUAAUGUUCUGGCAAACAUAUUCCUAUGAAGUGCAUCCGUAUAUUCUCUUUGGAUUGUGAAGACACAACCACAUCAGAAAUAACCCAUCCUCUCCCUGUGCAACACACACUCGUAAAAUGCACACUCAGAAGAGCAGGAUUGCUUUCUCAGAGAUUGAACUAGUUCAUCUAAUCUUCCUAAAAGGAGGCACAAUUUCUUUUUAGCUUGCUUUGGAAUAUCCGCUUGGGUCUUACUGCUUGCUGCUGUGACAUAUGCUUUCUGACCUCUCUGAUUUCUCUUUGCUCUCACCUACCUUUCUUGGCCAUGAAUAAGAAUUAUGUUGGAUAAUCAUAGUUACAUUAACAAUUCAUGUCAGUGUGAAUGCUUAACUCUAAAAUGGCUGGAUUACUAAAGCGUAAUGAGAAAUCUGGAAGACUGUUUCUUUCAUCAGACUGCUUCUUCUACAUUGAUCCUUGGCAUUUCUCACCAUAACUUGGGUGGGCAUAGGGAAUAGCUUCUAUGGAAUAUACAUGUGGGGGAGAACUUUAUUUGCAUAAUUCAUGACACUACAAGAAAAUAUACAUCUAUGUUUAAUGAACAUUUAAUUACAGUUGGCCCUCCGCAUUUGUGGGUUUAAUUUUUAUAGAUUUGAUUAUUUGAAUAUUUUAUCAAUACCGUCUCUCUAGAUCCUCCAGUUCAAAUCUAUGACCAAAUUCCACCAGAAGUUGACCACAGAAUUAUGUUGAGGACCCCGAGGUUGCUAGAGUGAACACCUCUCGAGGAAUCUCUAGUCAUUCAGUAUGAUUCUGUGGUCAAGCUCUGGCAGAGGCUGGGUGCAGAAUUAUACUGGAGAACCUAGAGAAGAAGUGUUUUCUCAGGUUGUUAAAAAAGUGCAGCAUUUUUAACAUUCACAGUUUCCCACUUUUCUGGGGGUCUUCCCCCUGCCCUGUGGAAGUUGAGGGCCUAAUGUACUUGGGAUUUCCAGAAUUUUUGAUUGAGACUCAAAGUUAUAUGCAUAUGUGUAUAUGUAUGUCUUAUAUCUAUGCAUAUCCCAGUAAUAACUGGUGACUUCCAUGUUAGUAAAGCAGUUAAAAGCAGUUAAUUUGAAUGGAAAUUCAUUAAAAGGCAUUGAAACUUAUCCUCCAUCCUCACCCUAUCCAUCAUGUUCAGCAUCUUUGAUAGCUCUUUAAAAAUUGGAUAAACCCCAGACUAGAAUCACCAUCUCACUGACACAGAAGCCACCAAGCACCAAUGCAAGAAAGAAGGCUUAUCACUAAUGAUCAAGCUGAUGACCCCUUUUAUGUACACUCAAAACACACAUUCACAAGGCGUGAUUUGGCACUCAGACUAUCAUUUCACCAUGAUGCUAUGGCCUGUGCUGGGAGAGAUAUGAGGAAGUGAGACUCUUGUUCCUCCUAGGUUUGAGGGUUAUAUUGUUGAAUGCAGCAGCUAGGCAAGUGAUGUAAAUCAGGCAUUGCACUCAUUUCUUCAGGACAUUUUCCAUAAAGUAAUAUGGGGAGGGGGUCAUCUCUUUUGCUUUAUAACCUUCUAGCAGCAAGGUGCUGAAGGCUUCCAUUUUGUCUCAUGCAUUCUUUAGUUACAAGCUGUUUGAGGCCCUGUAAACUGAAUUCUGAAAGACAGUUGUAUUGUUCAGCAGGCAUAUCCAGGGUUUAGAAAGGGGAAGGUGACCCUGUUUUUAAUAAGGUUGUUUUAUUUGGUAGCACUCUUUGCUUUAUUUUGGUGCUGGUCAUCUAUAUGGCCAUCACUACUUGAGACCUUUCAUCUGCUAAGGUGGGCAGGCCAGAGAAAUCAUGCCUUUGCAACCCUAUCUCUGGACUACUAUAAUGUAUUAAAUGUUGGGCUACCCUUCAGCACAGUUGAGUGGUUUCAACUGACACUGAAUGCUGUUGCCUACUGAUAAGGUAUGGAAAACUAAAUUCAUAUUGCACUAGAAUUGGGCAAUCUCCAGACCCUGGUUAGGUGCAGUUCUUUGUGCAGGCUGUAAGCUGCUUCUUCUUGCUCUCAUAUCAAUAUAGAGUAUAUUUUUUUCAUAGUGCAUCUAGAAAAUAUCUCUUCCCCCCCCCCUCCAUAUAGUCAUUUACUCUGUAGUAAAAAUGAACUAGAUGCAUAAAGGUUUGGAGGAAGGCACCCUUCAUUAAGCAAAUUGUAUUUCCAGCUUCCAUAACACUAACCAAACAUUAAAUUGGUGCAUUGUCUAGAAUAUUUAACCAAUUGUGAACAUUAAUUCUGUUGCCUGUUGCAAAUGAACCAUAAAUAGCCUUUUGAUCAGCUGAUGACCUAGCAACAAUUUCAGAAUGGCAAGGGAGCAUCACUUGUAUCGAAUAUUGGUUGUUUGUGUGGCCACAUUUAUGUGGUUCUGCCACUGAAAGAGGGUCACAUCAUUUAGGUAUAUGCACUGCCCAUACAGAGAUGAUAAUUCAUCACCUAGUUCCUCCAGAUAAUCAUGACCCAAUUGUGAACCCACUAGCAAUCCCAAAUACUAUGCAUAAAAAUUGAUUAAGGAGGAUAAACAAGACACCUUCCCCCCUCUAUAAAAAUCCUGAAAAGAAGAUGGACAUUCUAAUAUGUAGAAUAUAAAUCUUACUACAGUUAUUCAGGUUAGUAUACAAACCUAAAUCUAUUGAUUCAAAUGAAGACUUGAACUCUUUAACAUUAAUAGGUGUUGCAAAGAUCUUUGUUGCCUUUACUCUUCCUACUUUUCUAUAAAAAAGAGUCCUGUGUUACAAAUGUAUGCUGACCCCUUUUGUUGGUUUAGCUUUUUUUUCAUUUUGUGUGUGUGUGUGUGGGGGGGGGGGGGGGUUUACAAGAUCAGGACCCUUUUUGAGACACUUAGAAGUUCAGGGCAGAAUAUUCAUUUUAGUCAUCUACCUAUUGCGUUUGUGGGGCUCAUGUUAGUGAAAAAAAUGAGUUGGCAACAAUGGGGCAGUGCCAGGGUUAAUGUGACCCUCUUCUACUCAUAUGUGAGGCCUGGGACAAUUAUCUUCUGUGCCCUCUUUUUAAAAAGUCCUCUACAGGGUGCAUCUUAAGCCUCUUACUGGCAUAGUAGUUUUCAUGGUAUGAUAUUAAAGCUCCAGUGGCUGCCAGUCUAUUUCCAGGCACAAUUCAAAGUGCUGGUUAUGACCUAGUAAGCCCUAUAUGGCUCUGGUCCAGGCUAUCUGGCUGAUUGCAUCUCAGGGUACCUACCCGGGCCCUGAGAUCCUCAGGAGAUGCCCUUCUCUUGGUCCUACCACCAUCACAAGCACAGUUAAUGGGAAUGAGAGAGGAGGCCUUCUCAGGGGCUGAUGCUCCAUUUUGGAACUCUCUAUCUAAAGAUGCCACAAUGGCCCUCUUUUAUCCUUCCAGUGGCAAGCAAAAACUUUUUUUUAUUCAAGCAGGCUUUUAAAGAAGAGAGAUUUUAAUACCAAGUCAGAAGGGUGCUGUAUUUUGUGCAUUUUACUAGAUUUGUUUAAUGUUUUUAUAGGUUUUAACUAUUGGAUUUAAUAUUUCUAUAUUUAAUUCUAUUUUAAUGUUUGUAUUUUUUAAGGUUUAAAAUUAUAUUACUUUUAUUGUUAGCUGCUUUGAGUCUCUUUUCUGGAGAGAUAAAGUAGGGUAGAAAUAACAACAAUAAUGACAACAUACAAAAUAGUUUCUCGCAUAAAAGUGGCAGGAGGAGGAAUAAAUUGUCUCUAAAUUAAAUCUCAGCAAGAGUUAAAGUUGUAAUCAAAUUUCAAUAUGUAUCUUUAUCCAUUUAUGGAGGUCAGACCUCCAUCACUAGUUUUUUGGACUAGAAGAGUGUUAUUAUGUGGGGACAGGAUGUAUCAGUGGCUCUUUCUCAUUUAAUGGAUAUAAAAUAUUGAGAGACUAUAAUAAUCAGGCAGAGAAUAUAAAGUCUUUAAUGCAGAAGGUAUGUUGUUUAUGUUUUCUGAUGCUCUGAAUGUAGUAGCAAUGUUUUCUUUUAUUCUAGAAAAAGUAUUUUAACUUUAUUUUUGUUUGUACGCUUAUAUGUAGGUUUUGCAAUAAUUUGUUUACAUAAAAAUUAAUUAUAAAAAAUUGUAUAUUUAUCAAUAAUCUAAGACAAAAUUCUCUUUGCUGUAAAAUAGCAGAUGACCAAGCUCCCUAGGUUUUCUCUCAAGAGUUUAAACUGGCACAUUUUUCUAAGAGUCAAGAUAUUGCUACUUGAGGAAGUAUUCCAUGUUCUCAGAAUGAGGAACAACUGUAAAACAGCCAAGGGUUUAUUCAAGAUGAUGAAAUGAAAUCACACUUCAUAACCAUGUUACCACAUUUUAAAAGCACCUUACCAACACAACUGUAAGCAGUUGGUUUUCCUUCUGCACAGCAUUUUUCCCAUUGGUGGGAGAGACACUGCGAAGAACAGAGAAUGAUUUACCCAAGGAGGUGGGAGCCAGAACAAGAACUCUAGCAUUUCUUGUUUCCCACUCCUAGACUGAAAUUUUUUUUUGACUAGACUACUGUGGGAAUAGUUACAGCUCUGAUCCAGAAGAAGAUGCCAAGCUCUGAGGUCUUAUCCAAGAACAUUGUCUCCAAUAACAUUCAAGAGAGCACACAAACAGAGAGGCCAAAGAACAUGAAACGCUAUUUUUACAGAGACAUCAUACCAAAGGCAUCAUACCAAGAAUCGUCCUCAGCUGUUGUUUUUUUUAUUUAAAAACUCAAAAAGAUGAAUUCUCUCAGUUCCUUCAGGUCCACGAUCCUGAGUAGCUUGUUAGAGGAUUUUGAUGUGUACUAGAAGCAUUUACUCCUUUGGCUAGCAUUUUAUUUGAGCAUUUUGUUUGAUUCCCUAUGUCCCCUGAGCCAGUCUAAUUUAUGAUAGAACAUUAAUAACAUAAAUAGCAAUGUGAUUUAAAUAGGCUAGAAGAGCUUAUCUGUAGAGAAGAACCUUCAAAAUCCUUUUCAUAUGAUAUGCUACGUUGAAAAUUUUCAAGUUCUUCUCUUGGACACUUUGUCAAAUGUCACAAAGGAACGCUUAGGAGUAUGUUUCAUAUCCACAACACUAUGGGCUUUGUAUUGUAGAAACUGGACCAGUAGUCACCAAUGAUGUUUAGAUUCCAAAUCACUUUCUCAAGCCUGUUGAAUCAGAGACUCAAUGAAUUUAAAAUUCCAGUCAAAAUUACAUGGAUGUAAACCAGAUACUUUAGAGUUGUCACAUACACAGAUGGUAUCUGCCCACCCACUCAAGCAUCCAUUUUAAAUAAACACAUUAGAAAGCAUCUUGGAAACUUUUUAGCUGUGGGAGCUGACAAGAUUGGCACAGAUUCUGCUGGGUUCAAUAGACAAAUAUGAUGCUUCCUUUAGAGCAGGGGAUCCCAAACUAUGGCCUGUGGGCCAGAUGUGGCCCUCCAAGGUCAUUUACCUGGUUCCUGCAGUAAACUUUGGACUUAGGAUCGUCCUAAGUCUGACACGACCUGAAGGAACACAAUAUCAACAAUCCUAACAUCAGCCAAAAGCAGGCCCACACAUCCCAUUGAAAUACUGCUAAGUUUAUGUUGGCUAAAAUUGUUCUUAAUUUUAAAUAUUGUAUUGUUCUUUCAUUCAUACAAAUAAGAUAUGUGCAGUGUGCAUAGGAAUUCAUUUAUUUUUCCCCCUCCAAAUUAUGGUUUGGCCCGCCAACAGUCUGAGGGACUGUGAACUGGCCCUCUGUUUAAAAAGUUUGAGGACCCCUGCUUUAUAUUUUAUUUCUGUCAGACAUCUGUCCAAGCCUGGGUGGCUGCAUUUACAGCAAUGGAUUAUUAUUUUCCCUGUGAGAGUGGAGACGGCUGGAGAAAGGGAGAGCCUCUUUUACAACUAUUAAUUGGACAAUGAAUGGAGGUGUAACUGUAAAGCCCCAUAAAAAGAAUAACACCAUUGUAUCUCUGGCUUGUUUCCCACAUUUCAAAGGCUACUAAGCAGCAGCAUCUUUGCCCCUGGGUUACUGAGAAGGCAGAGCCUUGUGCUUAUUAUGAUGGCUUUCCCUAAUGAUCUGAAACAAAAAAUGCACACAGUGAUGUGCAUGUUUAGAGCUUCUACGGCCACAAGGUCAAACACAUUUUAAAAAAAACCUCAACAACUGAAAGUUUGGCUCUACAGUAUUAAAGGAGACGAAUUUGUCCAUCUCCCCCCUCCCAACCCCCAUUCCCCACCCACUCCGCAGUAUGAGGCCCUACUUUCCAACACAAUUAAGCAGAGGGCCAAUAGGAUUUGUGCCACCCUUUCUUCCACUUGGCUUCACUGCUGAAAAACAGCCUUGGUCGGCAGGGAGAUGGGAGCAGCGAAUGAAUAGCCUCUAAGCAUUCAUUAUCUGGCUCCUAAUUACACGGCCGACAUACUGUUGCCUCUGCCUACGUGGGAACACUGCAUCACAUUAAUCAGCAGGGGGAGAGGCCAAGAUGAAAGGGCCUUCUUGUGCAUGUCCUUUGCGGUGGAAAACAGGGAUGAGGGUCAGGUUUAAAAAAAGGAGAAGGAGGAGAUUUAUCAAGUCCCAGAGCAGAGAAAACACAGCAGGUGUACUGCAAUUCCAUCCCGAGUCCAAUUCAGAACCUCAGCUUGACUUCAGCGUCUUCCCAGGCCAGCCUCCCAAAGCCAUUCACAAACCUACUUUUAGGGAAUUUGUCCCUCCAGGGUUACGGGGCCAAUGGCUGUGCAGGCUUCUGUUUGGAAAAAAAUGAAGGACUGGCAGUAAGAAACCAAGUCACUCUUCCACACUCCACUGCCCAUUCCAUCCUACUGUGCAGCUGGCUUUUCUUCAGAAUCUAAGAGGAAUUGGCUCUCCAUUCCAACAUUACACACAUACCAUGAUAGUUACAUUUCACAUCUUUUUAAAAAUACAUCUGUGUAGACCAGUGGUUCCCAAACUUCGCCUACCGUCCCCUUUCCAGAAAAAAUAUUACUCAGCGCCCUGGAAAUUAAUUUUUUUUUAAAAAAUUUAAUAGCAAUUAAACAGAAAGAUAUAUGUACCUGUGGCCAUCACCGCUCCCCUGGAUUGCUGCAACGCCCACCAGGGGGCGGUAGCGCCCACUUUGGGAAUCACUGGUGUAGACUGAACCGAGGUGUGCAUUGGACCAUAACCUUGUGCCUAGAAGCUUUGAAUUCAGUCUUGAGCAUAAAAGCUCUCAGUUAAAUCAGACCAUGCAUUAAGUAUAAAGGUAUAUACCAGAUUAGGGAUGCCAUGUCUGGACUAUCCGAGUUCCUGAACUAUCAAGGCCAAUAACCAAGACCUAGAGUGCCAGCACUGGUGAUGUUACAUAUGUUAAGCAUAUGCCAUUUCAAAAAAGAAAAGAAAAGCACCAAAUGAGGAACACACCUAUACAUGUACACAGAGUAGACCUUUCAAGGCAAUGGUCUCACUCAGAGAUUUUUCCUCCUGCCUCUGAGAACCAGAGAAAAAGACUUAGGCCCUGAGAGCUGAGAGCUUUAUGUUAUAUCCCUAAUGCUUUUUGUAUAUGAAAAGUGUCUACCUUUCCCAACUUAUAACAUCUUGAUUCCACUCGAACCAGCAUGACUGUGGGAUCUGAGGUUUGUAGUCUGGUAGAUAUUUAGCAUUCUCUGAUGGGAGUUCUUACACCAUUAGAGUUGUCUGGCAGUGAAUCUAAAUACCUUGAAACACUAAAAUACCAUACUUUGUGUAGUGUACUUACUGGCCCAGUGAAAGUGACAAAGAAAAAAGAGGAACAACCCGGGAGACCUUGUUGUGUAUCAGUCUUGGCGUUGCAUAUCAAACGAAGGAUUUCUUUGAAUAUAGAAGCUGCUAUCUUGGAGACUGAAUUUCUUUACUACAAUUGACAUUGGUCCAAGAUUUCACACAGCUCCAGGAAUAAUAUGGACUUGGUUGUCUCUUUAUGUCUGUUAUUUACUCCUUGAACAUUAUACCCUUUGUUGGAUUAUUACAUGGAAAUUGUAACUUUACUUUUGAUAUUCUGAAAGUAAUUUCUUUAUAUGUAAUAUAGUUUGAAGUAACUUACUCUCAGGUAAAGUUGUAGAAACCAGAUUUGUGUUAUAUUCCUUGUGAGUUACACAAGAGUGUAUAUACACAUACAUUAUUGUUCUGUGUUGUUAUAGAUAUUUGUGCAUUACCCAGUGAAAGUUACUGGCAAGGGAGAAUGGAGACAUGUUGGUGGGAGUCCUAGGACUGACUGUAAAGUGUGUAAUAAGCACGUUUUGGCCCCCAGGAUGAUGCUUAGAGGGGGAGAUUUAGAGCAAAGACAUAUCAAGGAGUUAAGAUCUCAGUCAUCUCUUGUCAAUCAAUAACCCCAUAAGAAUUUCCUUUUUAGGCAGAUUGGGAGACAAGAAGUCUAAUACAUACAUUCAUAUGUAGUAUAUAGUUUAUACAUAACCUGUGGUCAGGUUAUGUUCUAUUAUCUUUGUAAAAGUUGCCAAUUAUCAAGUGGCUAAUUGGCAGAGUAAGAAAUUCUCAGCUGAGAAAAUUCUGCCUACCUUUAAUCUUCCUCUCUAUGAAAGUAUACGGUUCAAAAACUGUAUUUAUUGUAGUGCUUCUGAGGAGGCUGUAUUUUAGAAUGUGCAUCAGAUUUAAAUAACUUAAUUUCUUGCCUUUGAUAACUCACUCUUCUGAUUUAUCUUAGGUUUUUUCUCAUUCUGCUACUUUUCUACCAGCAGAAAGUAUUUUAUAGCAAGGAAAUUAAGCAAUCAGACAGGGUCACCAGUAUUAAUUGCAACAUAAUAUUGUCCCUAAAAGUACAUGCCAAAUUUCUAAGUUUGGUUCUUGGUCUUCUUUUCUAUUAAAUAUGUUUUGAACUAAAGUCUAACGGCAGUAAUUGAAAGUUAUUCACAGUUUACUUCAUGAGUCUGACCCCUUUUCCCCAAUGUUUUGAUCUCCUUGCUAUUUUUUGUUUACACUGACAAAGGGAAAACAUAGUUUUAGGGAGCAAUGAUAAGGAGAUAUGAUCUAGCUCUUUACUUCUCUGAUACUUUGCUUUUGCUGUGUUUUAACUGAAGAGUUGCAAAAUAUUAUUGUAGAUUAAAAUAAGCAAGAUGAACCUGAAAAUAGCUGGCCCAGUUCAUUGAACCAAAGAAUAUAAGGGGCUACUCUGCAUUGAACUGGAACAACAGGGCAUUUUUCUCACUAUAUUUAUGAUAUAACUUUCCAAUAGCUUUCUGGGGCCUUGGAAAGAUAUCUUUGCUAGCCUGUUAUUUGGAAUAUUUUAAAGAUCUAUUUGAGACUGAACCUGUAUUUUUUUAAUUUGCAAAGCAUAUCAACCAAAAUUCCAUUAUAAAAUGUAUUUUGUAAAUUAACGAACUAAGUCAGAUAGAUUUUGCCUAUUAAGUAGAAGCAAAAUUGCUCCAGUUGUUAGUCCCAACAUAUUCAAACAAUGUAAUGUGCAUAAAUCGUGAUCAAUCAUUCAGCCUACAGUGGGCAUGUUAUAUGAGACUACCAGUUUGUUGUGGACCUCCCAAACACUAGACUUCCCCAUGUAUGGCAAGAUGAAGUUGGAUUUAUUUCUUUAAAAAUUAUCAUUUGAAUAUAUCUGAUAAACAAAUUUGAUCAGUUGUAGUAAAACUGCCACCCAUGGUUUCACUUGGUUUCACUUAUGAAGUAAACAUAUGAGCAUGUUUUGAGAUAUAUCUUUUAUCCUUGUCAUCUUACUUAAUAUACCAAUAAUCCCAAACAACAUGUCAUAUAGAUAGUACCGUUGUGCAAUAAAACCAUUAGCCCUUCUAGUCCUCAAAAAAAGAGAUUUGUCAAGGAAAGCAUGGCCUAGUGUGUGUUCCCACAUGCUUACAUUCCUACCUGAAGAAUAAGUGUUCACAGGACUGAGCCCAAGCUAAUUAAUAAAAUGACCUAGGCCUCGUUUGGAAGGGAACUCAGCUAGAGACACACUCAAGUUUACUUAAUGCACUUUGGGAUGUGGUCUACUAGAUUUCAUUUAUUAGGUAAGUAAACACUUUAAUUGUAUUUGCAUUGUAAUGAAUGGUUCAUCAUUAUACUACCCAGUGGUUCUAAACCUGUGGGUCCCCAGGUGUUUUGGCCCACAACUCCAGAAAUCCCAGCCAGUUUACCAGCUGUUAGGAUUUUUGGGAGUUGAAGACCAAAAUCUGGGGACCCACAGGUUGAGAACCACUGUUCUAGCC